AUGUUCACGGCAGUGUCUGUGCCAAAGAUACCCGGCGACUACUCAAUAAGCAACACAUUCCAACUCUCUCGAAUGUUGAAACAGGACAACAACAAGGUGGUCGCCGAUCUGGCAGCAAUGUUGCGUAAAGACGUCGCUGAGAGCAAGGCGCAGGGCCGACUGCACAUGCUUUCUGAGCGCGUCGAGACCGAGAAGGGUUUUGUCAACAUCACUUUGUCGCAUCAAUAUCUCGAAGCCUGUCUCAGGCUGUGGUGCAGCGAUGAUAGUGCCACAACCAAACAACCAUUCGCAUUGGAAGACAUUCCCACCGUUGUAAAGGAUGUGCUGGUGGACUUUGCCUCACCAAACAUGUCAAAGGAGUUGCACGUUGGCCAUCUUCGAUCGAUUGCGUUGGGCGAGUCUGUGUGCAGGAUACUCGAGUACCGCGGACACAAUGUCGAGCGCAUCAGUCAUGCUGGCGACUUUGGAACACCAAUGGGCAUGGUCAUCUUGCACGCAUUGGAGCAACGCGCACCAUUCCUUCAACACAUCUGGGACAAGCAAUGUCCUCACAAGACCAUGCAAUCACUGCCCACACCAAAAGAGCUGAGCGCAUUGUACACUGGCGCCAAGAACAGGACAAAGAAGGAUGCAGAGUUCCUCAAGCAGACUCAGCUGACUGCGGCUGAGCUACAGAAAGGUCCCCCCACUCCAGAGGGUGGCGGGUCAAACCCCGACAUCUACCAAGCAUGGUUGGACAUCUGCGAGGCCAGCAGGGCCGGCUUCAACGAAAUUUACAAACUACUCAAUGUUAAAGUCAAUGAGCGAGGCGAAUCAUAUUAUCGCGAGUGGCUGGAAGAUGUCAUUGGCGAGCUGGACAAGAAGGGACUGGUCACCAUUUCCGAUGGCGCACAUUGUAUCUUCCUCCCUGGCCAAAAGGUGCCAGUGAUCAUCAAGAAGAGUGAUGGCGCAUAUCUCUACGCAACGACAGAUCUUGCGGCGAUCAAACGUCGUCUGCUGGUCGACCCCAAGCAAUGGAUCAUUGUCAUCACGGACGACUCGCAAAAGGGUCACUUCCAACAGGUGUUUGAGAUUGCCAGGAUGGCUGGCUGGCUGACCGAUCAGCAACAACAACAGCAACGAGUAGAUCAUCUGGCGUUUGGACUGGUGCGUGGAGAGAACGGCCACAAGCUGAGCUCGCGAGAUGGUGACACCCUGGCUCUGUCAGAGCUCCUGGACGAGGCAGUGGAGCGAGCCAAGCAGGCAACGAUCACCUCACGCUCACUAACACGUGCCGAGAAGCUGGACACAGGACACACGGCACAGCAGGUGGAGGGGGGCGAGCGCGUGGAGGACCGCUUCGAACAAGAGCAAUCCAACUCACUGGAUCACUAUCGACGCAUUGGACUUGGUGCCAUCAAGUACUUUGACCUUUCACAACGUACCAAUACCUACGUAUUCUCAUUCGACAAGAUGCUCUCAUUCAAAGGCAACACCUCAAUCUACGUCCUCUACUGCUACACCAGGAUAUCAACAUUGAUGAAGCGUUGUCAGUUUGAUAUCACAACAGUGGACAUCAAUUCUGUUGAGUUUGGAGAGUUCACAGAGAAGGAGAGGAAGAUUGUAUUGAUGAUAUCAAAGUUCCCAGAUACUAUUCGAACGUUGGAGAGUACUUUGAAGCCUGGCGUGUUGUGUGACUACCUCUGGGACAUAUCAGAUUGUUUCCAUCACUUUUACGAGAGUGAUAGGAUAAUAGGAUCAGAUCGAAUGGUUCAACGAUUGUUAAUAUGUCAUGCUAUCCAACGUGUUAUCAAGACAGGUUUCCAACUACUUGGUAUUGAUACUGUUGAUCGUCUGUAG